GCGCUGGAGAAUAGAAAAAAAUCUCAGCUUUUAUUGUGGAAGAACGGGGGGUCAGAGACAUUGAGAGAUUGAGAAAGGUAAUGCAUGCGCCUUUCCUUGGUGGAGUCGACCAAUGCAAAUGGACAUUCUUCUUAUCCAAUUUCAUUGCAUUAUCUGCGGCAUAAAAUUCUCCGCAUAUGUGCUAUGAUUGAAAUUGUAGACCAUGGGCCAGUUGCUUUGCUGUGUGCAAGUUGAUCAGUCAACUGUUGCCAUCAAGGAAAGAUUCGGGAAAUUUGAUGAAGUCUUGGAACCGGGGUGCCAUUGUCUCCCUUGGUUCAUUGGUAGUCAGCUAGCUGGUCAUCUCUCACUCCGGCUGCAGCAGUUGGAUGUGAAGUGUGAGACUAAAACAAAGGAUAAUGUCUUUGUUAACGUGGUAGCAUCUGUGCAAUAUCGUGCUCUUGCUGACAAGGCAAGCGAUGCAUUCUAUAAGCUGAGCAAUACAAGAUCUCAAAUUCAAGCUUAUGUUUUUGAUGUGAUAAGAGCCAGCGUUCCAAAGCUCAACCUUGAUGAUGCUUUUGAACAAAAGAAUGAUAUUGCAAAAGCCGUGGAAGAUGAACUCGAAAAGGCUAUGUCUGCCUAUGGUUUUGAGAUUGUGCAGACACUCAUCAUUGAUAUAGAACCUGAUGAACAUGUAAAGCGGGCUAUGAAUGAAAUCAAUGCAGCUGCAAGGCUUCGACUUGCUGCAACCGAGAAAGCAGAAGCUGAGAAAAUCCUUCAGAUCAAGCGUGCUGAGGGUGAAGCCGAAUCCAAGUACUUAUCAGGCUUAGGCAUUGCACGCCAACGUCAAGCAAUUGUAGAUGGACUGAGGGACAGUGUGCUUGGCUUCUCAGUUAAUGUUCCAGGGACUACUGCAAAGGAUGUGAUGGACAUGGUGUUGGUUACACAAUACUUCGACACCAUGAAGGAGAUUGGUGCAGCCUCAAAAUCAUCGGCUGUUUUCAUUCCUCACGGCCCUGGAGCAGUUCGGGAUGUUGCUGCUCAGAUCAGGGAUGGUUUGCUUCAAGGAUCUGUACACCAUUAAAUCUCUGCUCUGUGUGCUCUUUGCUUGUUUAUAUUGUCAGUGUCUAUGGUAGACCUAAAAUGCAGUUAUGAACUGCAUUUCUUUGCUCUUCUAUACUAUCACUGUCUAUAGUUACCUAAAAUGCAGUUGUGGACUGAAUCAAACAUUUUCUGUUUGUGUGACUUUAUCUAUUCUAUGCAAGUGAAACAAAUUGAUCAUGCA